AUGGAGGGAGAUUUGGCAACUCUAUCAAUCACUGAUGUUAAAACAACCCAACAAGAAGAUAUAAAAUGGUAUUUUGAUGACACUCGCAUCGCUCAAAUCACUGGAGAUCUCAGUUUUAUCUGUACAGAUGUUGGGUGUAAUGAAGAUACUGAGAGAUUCAGAGACAGACUGAAGCUGGAUCAUCAGACUGGAUCUCUGACCAUCACAGACGUCAACACAACUGACUCUGGACUUUAUGAAUUAAAGAUCAUCAGCAUCAGAAGAAGCAGUGAAAAGAGUUUCAGUGUUACUGUUUAUGAUGUUCCUGCUGCUGAACGAGAUGAGAUGAAGAGAAAGUCAGUGAAGGAGGGAGAAUCUGUCACUUUAAACACUCGUGUAAUGAAAAAUAUGAAUGAUUCAAUGAGGUGGUAUUUUAAUGACAUCUGCAUCGCUGAAAUGACCGGAGAUCAGAGUGAUAUCUGUACAGAUGUUGAGUGUAAUGAAGGUACUGAGAGAUUCAGAGACAGACUGAAGCUGGAUCAUCAGACUGGAUCUCUGACCAUCAUGAACAUCACAAACACUGACUCUGGAGAAUAUAAACUACAGAUCAGGAGCACAGAAUCAGCAUCAUUAGGAAGCUUCGUUGUUACCAUCACUGAUUCAGGUCUGUCUUCAGCUGCUGUAGCAGUUAUAUGUGCUGCUGCUACUGUUUGUGUCCUGCUGCUGAUGGCUGUAUUUCUAUAUUUACUGUACCAUCCAGUAAGAUGGAAAGACACCAAGAAGCAGCACAAUGAUCAGGUGAAUGAUGUUAAUGAUUCAUCUCCUGAUCAGAGUGACGUUCCACUGAUGGAUGUUGCUCAUGAGAGGUCCUCUAAUCACACUGACGCUCUAGUGAAGAACACCACCAAUGACUCGUCCUCUAAUCACACUGCUGCUCUAGUGAAGAACACUACCAGUGACUCAUCCUCUAAUCACACUGACGCUCUAGUGAUGAACACCAUCAAUGACUCGUCCUCUAAUCACACUGACGCUCUAGUGAAGAACACCACCAAUGACUCGUCCUCUAAUCACACCGAUGCUGUAGUGAAGAACACCACCAAUGACUCGUCCUCUAAUCACACUGCUGCUCUAUUGAAGAACACUACCAGUGACUCCUCCUCUAAUCACACUGAUGCUCCAGUGAUGGAAACCACCAAUGACUCGUCCUCUAAUCACACUGAUGCUCUAGUGAUGAACACCACCAAUGACUCAUCCUCUAAUCACACUGACGCUCUAGUGAAGAACACCACCAAUGACUCGUCCUCUAAUCACACCGAUGCUGUAGUGAAGAACACCACCAAUGACUUGUCCUCUAAUCACACCGAUGCUGUAGUGAAGAACACCACCAAUGACUCGUCCUCUAAUCACACUGCUGCUCUAGUGAAGAACACCACCAAUGACUCGUCCUCUAAUCACACCGAUGCUGUAGUGAAGAACACCACCAAUGACUCGUCCUCUAAUCACACUGCUGCUCUAUUGAAGAACACUACCAGUGACUCAUCCUCUAAUCACACUGAUGCUCUAGUGAUGAACACCACCAAUGACUUGUCUUCUAAUCACACUGAUGCUCCAGUGAUGGACACCACCAAUGACUCGUCCUCUAAUCACACUGAUGCUCUAGUGAUGAACUCCACCAAUGACUCAUCCUCUAAUCACACUGACGCUCUAGUGAAGAACACCACCAAUGACUCGUCCUCUAAUCACACCGAUGCUGUAGUGAAGAACACCACCAAUGACUCGUCCUCUAAUCACACUGCUGCUCUAUUGAAGAACACUACCAGUGACUCAUCCUCUAAUCACACUGACGCUCUAGUGAAGAACACCACCAAUAACUCGUCCUCUAAUCACACCGAUGCUGUAGUGAAGAACACCACCAAUGACUCGUCCUCUAAUCACACUGCUGCUCUAUUGAAGAACACUACCAGUGACUCAUCCUCUAAUCACACUAAUGCUCCAGUGAUGAACAUCACCAGUGACUCAUCCUCUAAUCACACUGAUGCUCCAGUGAUGGACGCCACCAAUGAUUCUUCCUCUAAUCACACUGAUGCUCCAGUGAUGGACACCAUCAAUGACUCGUCCUCUAAUCACACUGAUGCUCAAGUGAAGGACACCACCAAUGACUCGUCCUCUAAUCACACCGAUGCUGUAGUGAAGAACACCACCAAUGACUCGUCCUCUAAUCACACCGAUGCUGUAGUGAAGAACACCACCAAUGACUCGUCCUCUAAUCACACUGAUGCUCCAGUGAAGGACGCCACCCAUGACUCUUCCUCUAAUCACACUGAUGCUCCAGUGAUGGACACCACCAAUGACUCGUCCUCUAAUCACACUGAUGCUCCAGUGAAGGACGCCACCAAUGAUUCUUCCUCUAAUCACACUGAUGCUCCAGUGAUGGACACCACCAAUGACUUGUCCUCUAUUCACACUGAUGCUCCAGUGAAGGACACCACCAAUGACUCUUCCUCUAAUCGCACUGAUGCUCCAGUGAUGGACACCACCAAUGACUUGUCCUCUAAUCACACUGAUGUUCUAGUGAAUAACACCACCAAUGACUCGUCCUCUAAUCACACUGAUGCUCCAGUGAAGAACACCACCAAUGACUCAUCCUCUAAUCACACUGAUGCUCCAGUGAAGGACGCCACCAAUGAUUCUUCCUCUAAUCACACUGAUGCUCCAGUGAAGAACACCACCAGUGACUCUUCCUCUAAUCACACUGAUGCUGUAGUGAUGAACACCACCAAUGACUCGUCCUCUAAUCACACUGAGAUUGAGCCUGCAGCUGCCAGGGAGAUCUAA